ACGAAGUCAACUUAACGGAUCAAUAGCAUUAUACGAAGCCACAUGUGCAACAGUGAACAUGAUCAACAAUAAAUCGAAAGAAGAACAUAACAUUGAACAAUUAAUGGAAUCGUGCGAAAUCACAUCUACAAAAGUGAAAAGAAGGAGCAAAGAUUCCAAACAGAUGGAUAACUCUGAAGAAUCGGACACAGAUAUAUUCCCAAGAACAGAAACGAUGAGCAGCGCUGAAUUUGAAGAGCUCGACUGUAAUGAGUCAAUAGAAUUAAUCGAAGUCACAUCCAAAAAAAAUAAAGCAAAAAUUAUAUUUGCAACCGACGAUUUCUAUGGCGUGGCUGAAAAUCUACUUAAAGAUGACGAUCCUGUAUGCAAUAAACACACGUUUUUUGAUAAUAAAAUCAACAACAAUGUCGAUGGAUGGAAAACUCAAAAAAUACGACAUAACAAAAAUAAUUUUGUUAUUAUCCAAUUGGCCGGUGCAACUGAUAUACAUUCCAUUUGCAUAGAUACCACGUGCUUUACCGACCCCUAUAUUUCACAGUUUUCCGUACAAGGCGAAUUGCUAUCUAAACUUACAUUGGAGAAAACGUAUAUGCAAAACCGGAAAGAAUUAAGCGGAAAGUGCAGAAUGAAAGAGUAUAUGUACAUGGAAAACGAAACAAAGAAAUGGGACUAUUUGAUUUCGAGACAAAAGCUGAACCCCGGCUACCCAUCUAUACGUAAAAAGUUCUUCAAAAUAUUACCGCAUAAUCCAGUGACCCAUUUGCGACUCAAUCUUUUCCCAGACGGAGGAAUUGCCAGAUUACGCGCUUACGGACGAGUGAUACCCACCACCAUAACAACAAUGAAUAGGGAGAUUAAUUUAAUCUCAUCUGUGUAUAAUAGUGAUUGUGUAUCAUUUAGUGAGAGUUACAUUGGACAUCCUAAUAAUAUUAUUCAACCUAACAAAGCCACAAGUAUAAUUGACGGAUGGGUAACUGCAAGAAAACAUAACGAAUACUACGAAAUUAGUGAUACGUUUUAUGAUGAGAUAAUGACCGAACACUGGGCUUUGUUUAAAUUAGGAUGCAGUGGCACAGUCACUCGUAUUGUUAUCGAUACAAGACUUUUCACUGGAAAUGCUCCAUUCAUGGUACAAGUGCAAGGAUUGUAUGAGACAGAUGGUGUAAACACCAAAUGGAAAAACAUCAUACCGCGUACUUAUAUAAAUCCAGGCAUGGAACAAAAUAUUAUAGUGGAAACAAAUCGGAGAAUUAAAGUAACUUCCGUAAAAAUAAUAAUUGGACCAGAUGGUGGUAUAUCUAGAUUCCGAGUGUUUGGCAUACCUGAAUUUAACGCAUAAAAAUGGAAAGAAUAGAAUAUUUGGUGAGGACGAUUUAUUUUAAACAACUUAUACUGAAAAAAAAAAUUUAUAAUAGUUUCACUGUAAUAGUGCUUUUUAAAGCCAACUUUAUUUUUAUGGGUGUUCUAAUUAUUUAACAGAACAAUUUGAAGUAAUAGCAAUUCCUAUAAAAAUAAGUAUCCGGACUAUAAUUACUUUAAUAUAUAAUUUUUGUUUUUCUCAGUAUAAUAAUGACAAUAAUGAUCAAACUAUAGCAUUUAUCAAAGUAAAGACAAACUGUUGACAUUCUUUUCUUUUCCACCAAAUAUUUUUCAAAAAAUAGAUAAAAAAUGUUAGCAUUUUUAAUAACGCAUUGUAGUAUUUUAUGGUACUACAAAUAUUUAUUUUAUAGCGUUUUAUGUUCUAAAG